CUCCGCCCGCCCCUCCCCCACCCGCUCCGGCGACAGCGACGGCGGCGUGAGGCGGCCCCGUGCCGGCGACACCUCGGCCCCUCAGCGACCCGCACCCGGCGGAGGCCCCGAGGUUUUCUCGUGGAAGAUCUGGUGGCAUACGAGCCCUCGGGUAGCUCUUAGCACUGGGAAAGCAGAAAAAUGGCAUCGGAAGACAUCGCUAAGCUUGCAGAGUCGCUUGCCAAAACCAAAGUGGGUGGCGGACAGUUGAGCUUCAAAGGCCAGAGCCUUAAACUCAACACAGCUGAAGAUGCUGAAGAAGUGAUCAAACAAAUUGAGGAAUUUGAUGGCCUGGAAGCAUUGCGUCUGGAAGGCAACACAGUGGGUGUGGAGGCAGCGAAGGUUAUUGCUAAAGCCUUGGAGAAGAAGUCAGAGCUCAAGAGGUGUCAUUGGAGUGACAUGUUUACUGGGAGGCUAAGAUCUGAGAUCCCUCCUGCUUUGAUCUCUUUGGGGGAUGCACUCAUCACUGCUGGAGCCCAGCUGGUGGAGCUGGAUCUGAGUGACAAUGCCUUUGGGCCAGAUGGUGUGCGUGGCUUUGAGGCGUUGCUGAAGAGCCCUGCCUGUUACACCCUGCAGGAACUCAAGCUCAAUAACUGUGGCAUGGGCAUUGGUGGUGGCAAGAUAUUGGCUGCUGCCCUGAAAGAAUGUCACAGGAAAUCAAGUGCCCAGGGCAAGCCUCUUGCUUUGAAGAUAUUUGUGGCUGGCAGAAAUCGUCUGGAGAAUGAUGGUGCCACUGCGCUGGCUGAAGCCUUUGGAAUCAUUGGGACUCUAGAAGAGGUCCAUAUGCCACAGAAUGGAAUCAACCAUCCUGGCAUCACAGCACUGGCCCAGGCCUUUGCUAUCAAUUCAUUGCUUAAGGUUAUAAAUUUGAAUGACAACACCUUCACAGAGAAAGGAGCUGUGGCCAUGGCAGAGACUCUGAAAGCACUUCGGCAGGUUGAAGUGAUCAACUUUGGAGACUGCCUGGUGCGUUCCAAGGGUGCUCUUGCCAUUGCUGAUGCUCUUAAAGAAGGACUUCAUAAAUUAAAGGAACUGAAUUUGUCCUUCUGUGAGAUCAAACGAGACGCUGCUCUGUCUGUAGCUGAAGCUAUUGAAGAUAAGGUAGAGCUGGAGAAGCUGGAUCUCAAUGGUAACUGCCUGGGUGAAGAGGGGUGUGAGCAACUGCAGGAGAUCCUUGAAGGCUUCAAUAUGGCAACUGUGCUGGGAUCGUUGAGUGAUGAUGAAGGGGAAGAGGAGGAUGAGGAGGAGGAGGAGGAGGAAGAAGAAGAAGAAGAGGAAGAGGAAGAAGAAGAGGAGGAGGUGGAACAGCAACAGCUGAAGGAAAGAGGACAGGGAGAACAGGACUCAAUGACUCCUAAGAAAAUAAUUAGUUCACAGGAUUCAACUCCCGUGCCGUCUCCUCCUGUGGAUGUUGCCACAUUCCUUGCUUUCCCAUCACCUGAGAAGCUGCUGCGGCUAGGGCCAAAGUGUUCUGUGCUGAUAGCUCAGCAGACAGAUACAUCUGAUGUAGAGAAAGUAGUUACAGCUCUCUUAAGGAUAUCUUCAGUCUUCAAAGAUGAAGCCCCAGUAAAAACAGCAGUGCAUGAAACAACAGAUGCCUUGAUGAAAAAAGCUUUCUCUUCCGCCACGUUUAAUUCAGAUGCGUUCAUCACAAGACUCUUGAUCCACAUGGGGCUACUUAAGAGCGAAGAGAAGAUCAAAGCUGUCCCGAGCCUCUAUGGUAUUCUUAUGACUUUGAACCAUGUGGUCCAGCAGGAUUAUUUCCCUAAAUCCCUGGCCCCAGUUCUCUCUGCUUUUGUCACAAAACCAAACCGUGCUCUCGACUCCUGUUCCUUUGCCCGCCACAUGCUUUUACAAACCCUCCACCAGCUGUGAGAGGCAGAGAUGUGCCUUCUCUCCCUGUAGGACUGUCCUCAGCAGAGAACUCAGAGCUGCACAAUGAAAUCAGAUCCUGGAGCCCACGCAGAUGUGCUGUCUUUUUUUUCCUUUUUUUUGUUUUGUUUUGUUGCCCCUGUUGGAGGUCUGUCCUUCCUUCUGCUUUCAUAAACUUGGGCAAAUCCUGCUGAUUUAUUAUUAUUAUUAUUUUUAAUAUUGUUCUAUUCCUCAUGAAGUGACUCUCUGAUCUGUGGGGCUGAUGCUUACGCUCUGAGCUCAGCAUGAACUGAAGAGUCUCUCUCCAUUUCUGUAGCAUUGGCAAGGGUGUGCCAAAAUGAACACGGAGCUUGGAAGCGCCCUCAUCAGGAUCAACCCUUGCUGUCCAUUUUAUUUUAUCAGACUGUGCAGGAGGACAGCUAUGCUGCUGCUGCUUCUCCAGCCAGGGCCGUGCUUGACGUGCCCCCUGCCAGCUGCUGCUGGCUCAGAGGAGCAGGGUCUGCUCUCCAUUGAUUCUUCUUUUGAGUUUAUUUCUUGAAGGUGCCGUGUGGCCAAUCUGUAUUUUAGGGUGUUGCUCCCCCGCUACUCUGGCUUGGAGUGUCUGUGUAGUGUGGCUGACCCGGGUGGCCAUUGCUUAAGGGAGCAAGCAUAUGUUCAUUGUAAUUUUUUUUGUCACUGCCUGUGUAGUUUUCCUUUUCCCUCUCCUUUCCUGGCUAAAUAGACUCGGUCUGGAAAUGAAUACAAUCCAUGAAGUCCAUACGAAAUGUGUUCCCUUUCUCCUUCAGUCUUACCUUUGGAACAGUGGGACUGUUCACAUGUUUGAAAGCUGAGCACAGGUAAGAGCACAGAAUUAGGGCAAUGGUGGUGUUCCUCAGGUAGGGCAGCCCUUGUUCUUGCGCGGAAGGAGUAGCAGGAGGUACCCCAUGCUCUACACUGAAGUUGGUUCACCUGCCUGCAUGUUGGUGUCAACUACCUGCACUCGUCUUUUGGGCUUCUGAGAAUCUACACCUCUCUUUAGAGUAAUAAAAAGUAAUAAUUCCCUUCA